CUGAGGAAGCAAUCAACAUUCUACAGACAGAAGGGUGAAGAAAGAAAGCAGUGACAUAAACCUUUAGAAAGGGAUGUGAGACUCCAAAUGUAAUCUAUGAACCUUGAAUCCAAAUUCUGCUGAUCAACUGUAAAACCAUCAUUGAGACAACUGGGCAGUUUGACUCUGCACUAGGAGUUAUUUUAUACAGAAAUCUUGUGGUACCAUUGCACAGAGUGAUGAUUAUACAAAGAGUGGUACUGAAUUCCCGACCUGGAAAAAAUGGAAAUCCUGUGGCAGAAAACUUCAGAAUGGAAGAAGAAGUCAGUGUACCAGGUAGUGUCAAUGAAGGACAAGUGCAAGUUAGAACGCUUUAUCUUUCUGUGGAUCCUUACAUGCGAUGUAAGAUGAAUGAAGAUACGGGGAGUGAUUAUUUAGCACCUUGGCAGCUGUCUCAGGUGGUCGAUGGUGGAGGUAUUGGAAUUAUAGAGGAGAGCAAGCACAGAAAUUUGGCUAAAGGCGAUUUUGUGACUUCUUUCUAUUGGCCCUGGCAAACUAAGGCCAUUCUAGAUGGGAAUGACCUUAAAAAGGUAGACCCACAACUUGUGGAUGGACACCUUUCAUAUUUUCUUGGAGCAAUAGGUAUGCCUGGUUUGACUUCCUUGAUUGGAGUACAGGAAAAAGGUCACAUAUCUGCUGGAUCUAAUCAGACAAUGGUUGUCAGUGGAGCAGCAGGUGCCUGUGGCUCAUUGGCUGGGCAGAUUGGCCAUCUGCUAGGCUGUUCCAGAGUGGUGGGAAUUUGUGGAACACAUGAAAAAUGCCUCUUCUUGACCUCAGAAUUGGGGUUUGAUGCUGCAAUUAAUUAUAAAAAAGGAAAUGUGGCAGAACAACUCCGAGAAUCAUGCCCGGCUGGAGUGGAUGUUUACUUUGACAAUGUUGGUGGUGACAUCAGUGAUACAGUGAUAAGUCAGAUGAAUCAGAACAGCCACAUUAUUCUGUGUGGUCAGAUUUCUCAGUACAAUAAAGAUGUACCUUAUCCUCCUCCACUGCCCCCUGCUGUAGAAGCAAUCCAGAAGGAAAGAAACAUCACAAGAGAGAGAUUUAUGGUAUUAAAUUAUAAGGAUAAAUUUGAGCCUGGAAUUCUACAGUUGAGUCAAUGGUUUAAAGAAGGAAAGCUAAAGAUCAAGGAAACUAUGAUAAAUGGAUUGGAAAACAUGGGCGUUGCAUUCCAGUCCAUGAUGACAGGAGGUAACAUUGGAAAGCAGAUAGUCUGCAUUUCAGAAGAUACUUCUUUGUUACCUGGGUACACAUCCUAAUCAAGGAAAUCGUACAUAUUUCACUUUGCACACAGAUUUUAAAGAUACAUUCUAAAAACUCUUAAGAGUACAGAUAGCUCUUGAUUUGAAUGUGAUCAUGAGUGAUAUUUUCUUAUAUAUAACCUCUGUAUCUUCAAUAUCAUACAUUGACUCUAUAACAUGUACCAUAAUAAAAUCAGUAUCAUCUA